AUGGGGGAGGCGCUACAUAGGGACCCCUUCUGUGUUCCGAGUGUGCCGCGCCCAGCGCCACUACCCUGGAUUUCCGCGUUUCUGCGACGUGCACGACCUGCGAAGGGAGUGGACCCUGACAUCCGCCCAGCUGGCGUCGCAAGACACGGCAGCGUCACGCCUCCUUUCUACCCGUGGUGCAAACUCCAUACCUCGCCGACGCCGUGCUCGCUGUUUUGGAUGCUGGCCGCCGGCGGCGCAAAGGGCGUCCGGCCGUUGGAGAUGGCCAAACGCAGGCGCGAUGGGAAGGGGAAGGGACCCGCGGAGGGCGCCUGGGGGGAUCGCGAGUCGGGUAAGCGGGCGAGGGCGUCGCGCGAUCGGGGAGCCGCUCUGGAAGAGGGGGUUGGAAAGAUGACGGUGAGUGGGUUCGACGGGAUUGGCACAAAGGGGCGCGGAGGCGGGGGCCUGCCGUCUUCGGAUCCAGGAACGGAUGGAUGCCAUGCCAGGGGGAGUGUCGCGGAGGAUGGAGCUGGACCGGUGGGGGCAAAGCAGUCGAGGGGAAGGAAAAUGGGGGAGACGCUUGGGAGGGGUGAAGGGAAAGUCCUUGUGGCGGGAUCUGGCAAGGGCAAGGGGGGAUCGGCGGCUGGUGGAGCGGGCAAAGGCAAACGAGACGCCGAUGCCGGUAAGGAGUCGAUGGGAACGGGAAAGAAGUCCAGUGCAAGUCAUGGAAAGCAACGGGAGGAUGGUGGGCCGGCUGGUGGACUUGGUGGCGAAUUAGGGAAUGGGUUAAAACGAAAGGGUAACCAGGAUGAAGACCUGGAUGCCAUAUUUGCUCCGGUUUCAGGUGGCCGGAAGAGAAUUGGGGGCGAAGUGAAACCUCAGAAGGAGGAGAGGUCGCAUGGAAGGAAAGGCUUGAAUUCAAAGAGGAAAACUGGGGAGCAGCAGUGUGCAGAGGUUGUUGGCAGCAAGGAUGAUAUCUUUGGGAAGAUGUCCAAUAGCGGCGGGCGCAAGAGGACCAAGGAAGGAUACAGGGUCUAUGGGGAAGAUGAGCUGCGCUUGGGUGUAGAAGGAGGUGACACAGCGCUAUGUCCCUUCGAUUGUGACUGCUGUUUCUAG